AUGUCAUUGGCAUCCCCCUUUCAGAUCACAAGCUCUAAUCUCAGAGUGUCGAAGAUUACCAUUCAAACUCAUCCAAUCACGAUGGCGCGCCAACUUAUCUCGAGCGAGAAGUUCCCUCCCAAGCCUCACAACUGCCCUGCAGUCAAGGUUCCCGGACUCGUCUUCUGCGCCGGUCAAACAGCCACUGGAGAGAUCAAGCAAGCCACAGAGGUUCUUGAGCUGUCCGGCUCAUCGCUCGAGCAAGUAGUCAAGUACAACGUCUACCUGGCAGACAUGAAGGACUUUGCUGCCAUGAAUGAGGUGUAUAUCGAUUUCCUGCCCAAGCCAAUGCCUUCUCGGUCAUGUCUCCAGGCGGUCCCUCCGGGUGAUGGAACGGUCAUUGAGAUUGAAUGUAUCGCGCAGGCGUGA